AUGGUACAGGAUUUGACAUCCCAAAAGUCGCUUUCGCAAAAAGUCACGCUGUGGCAGUUGCGCGUUUUGCCAUUCUUUAACACCAUCCUACACCGAAGCAUCGUCGAGUCUGUGGUCCUGGAGCAGGAGGUUGCCAUGAUUUACCGCACACUUCUGGGGCUUGAUGCGACCCGUCUCAAGCAACUUUUCGAUUUCAUUAUCCAUCUCAUCGAUCACUGGGUAGAGCUACCCUUCCUCAGUACCCCCACUUCCAGCUUAGAGGCUCUCUCUCUGUCCUGCAGGGUGCUGGCAAAAGCUAUUGAUACUAGCUCUUCCAACGUCGUCAGUGCGAACUUUGAAUCCAUUGCCCGGGACCUUCGCAUUAGAUCUAAUGUCUUUGGCUCCGGAACAGAGGAUUUCUACUCCUUGCAAGCCAACAAAUUUCUCGAGUACAUCUUUCGCCGCCUGAAGGUCGGUGAAUCGAUUCCGAACGCACAGCGUUUCAGGUCGCAAGCAACGGGCGCCGCUGCGGCAUUCACACUUAGCCAGGACCUUCCUGGGGCACUCUCUCAUCAGGGUCGGCGUCACGACAACGACUACGCCGACAUUAAAAAUAUCAAUUUGAUGCCAACAUACGAGGAGAUCCUGUCGUGCCGUGACGAAUACCUGCCGACCACAAACCCCUCGCAGCAUCAUAUCCCGGGUCUUGGCGGCUUAUUGGACCGCCACUUUCGACUUAUUCGCGAGGAUACUCCGCACGACUUGCGCAGCGCCAUCCGCAGUCAGCUAGAGUCGAACAGGCCGGAGGUUGAAAUCCGCACCAAAGUCAUCAGUUACGAUAAUGCAACAGCUGUCGAUGUUACAUUCGACCGUCGUACGGGACUGGAAUUUAUUAUCAGGAUCGAUCAGCCCAAGGGAGCCCGAAAUCUUGAGAAAUCGCAACGAGCUACAUGGUGGGAUACAACCAAAAGACUUGAAAAUGGAGCACUCGUCUGCAUUGUGGACGAAACCUACAACGUCAUCUUUCUGCAGGUAUCCAGAUCCACCAACCGGACGGCUUCGGGGCCCGAAGUUACUGCUCAGACGCAAGCGACAGACGAAAAUUACGAACCUCGGUAUAGCUUGUGCGAUGAUGGCCGUCAUGCCUUUGUCCAUCUUCGAAUGGUAGACAUAAAGGCUGCAGAGGUCCAAAAGUCCUUGGUGUGGCUCAAGAGCAUGGAAACCAGGCAACGACGACAGCUUUUCGAGUUCCCGUCCAUUCUCCUGCCCUCCUUUGCUCCACCCCUUAGGGCUUUCCAGUCCAUGUCGCAAGAGCUUAACAUGCCGUUCAGAAAUUUCAUUUCUCUGAGCGUCGGCGACGAGACACCCACCCUCGACGCGCCGCUCUACACCAAAAGGCCUGGAUUUUCAUACAACCUCGGCUGCCUGACAAGCAUUGGCACAGAGAUAAGGCACAGGCCUGGUGACUUUUUCGAUCUCGCCACUCUCUGCCAGCACACCACCCUUGACCUGACGCAGUUUCGAGCCAUUAUAGACUUACUUAGCCGAUCACUCGCUUUGAUCCAAGGGCCGCCGGGGACUGGGAAAAGCUACAUCGGUGAAGCCAUCAUCAAAGUGCCGCUGGCGAGUAAGACCCGAGCUAAUCUAGGACCAAUUUUGUGCGUCUGCUACACCAACCAGGCCCUGGAUCAGUUGCUGGAGCACUUGAUUGACAAGGGCUGCCAAAACAUCAUACGCAUCAGGUCCCGGUCAAAAUCAGAAAGGCUCCAGCCCAUCAAUUUGAGAGAGGUGGUGAGACAGAUGACACGGAUGCAAGUCGAGGGCAAGGCUCUUUGGGCGCAUCAGGACGAAAUAUUUGGAUCGGCCAGCGGGAAUAUGACCGGGGGCGAGGACGACGACGGUGGCGUUUGGCAAACGAUUCGCCAUGGGCCUGCGCACAAUGAAUACGAGGCUUCAAGAGAACGCAACCAGCGUGUGCGCAGCGCGAUCGACUUGCGAUGCCUUCAACAGGCCAACAUCAUUGGGAUCACCACUACCGGGCUGGCUACGAAUCUCGAGCUUCUCCGACGUGUCAACGGAAAGGUGCUCGUCUGCGAAGAAGCCGGCGAGGUCCUAGAGGCUCACCUCCUGACUGCGCUGCUCCCGACCAUCGAACAUGCGAUCCUCAUCGGGGAUCAUCUCCAACUUCGACCUCAAAUUCAGGAUUGGAGGCUACAGCGAGCAAACCCGGCAGGCCUCAAAUAUUCGCUAGAUGUCUCACUUUUCGAAAGACUGGUACGGCCUAGCAUACCCGGUAUGCCGAGCCUCCCAUUCAGCGUACUUGAUACCCAGAGGCGCAUGCAUCCUUCCAUCUCGGAGCUCGUACAGUCGACUCUGUACCCGACCUUGGCAGAUUCAAAUACGGUUGCAGAGUAUCCACGCGUUCCUGGGAUCACGAAACGCCUGUUCUGGCUUCACCAUGAACACCCAGAGUCCGGCUGGAAUAAUUCUCAGGAUGCCAUUGAAACCUUUUACUCGAAUGAGUUCGAAAUCGACAUGGUGUCUGCACUAGUCUCGCAUCUAAUACGACAGGGUGUCUACAAGUCUGGGGAGAUCGCCGUCUUGACGCCAUAUCCGGGUCAACUCAAGAAGUUCCAGCAAAAGCUUGGCUCAUCUAUGCAGAUCACUGUCAACGACCGUGACACCGAGGACCUGGCCAGUUUGGAAGUUGAUGUUGAUGAUAAAUUGUCAAGAAAUAAGAAAAGUCCGGCUAAAAUAUCGGCGCUUGAUGGCAUCCGCGCUGCAACUGUGGACAACUUUCAAGGCGAGGAGGCAGAUGUCGUCAUCGUGUCGCUUGUCCGGAGCAACAAGGAAAAAAAGUGCGGAUUUCUCAGCGUCUCCAACCGCAUCAACGUUUUGCUUUCUCGAGCCAGACACGGCAUGUACAUCAUUGGCAAUUCCCAUACAUGCAGUAAUGUCCCAAUGUGGACGCAGGUCAUCGAGAUUCUCGGCCACAAAGGUAAUAUCGGCAGGGAGCUGGAGCUGCAGUACCCCAGACAUCCCGAAACCAGGAGUUUGGUCUCGCAGCCGGACCACUUCGUCCAGUUCUCGCCAGACGGGGGAUGCAACGUUCGCUGUGACCGCAGACUCGACUGCGGGCACUCAUGCACGGGAUCUUGCCACUCUGCAUUUCUCCACGACACUUUCAAAUGCAUGAAGGACUGUCCCAGGCCCAAAAAGAAUUGCACACACCCAUGUCGCAAGCGGUGUGGCGAGCCCUGCGGCACCAUGUGUACCGAAGCCAUCUGCAAUGCCGGACUGAGUCUUCCAUGCGGACAUGCCAUCGACACUGUAGAAUGCUGGAGGGCCCAGGACCCGGACGCCAUACAGUGUUCAGUCACGGUGGAGAAGCUCGUCUCUGGCUGCCGGCACAAGGUCAAAUUGCCCUGCCAUAGGGACCCUGCCAACAAGUAUGCGGGCGGGACUACAACGCUUGUAACCAUCGCUGCGAAGCGAUGUGCCGCCCCGUGCGAUUGGGUCCCCUGCACCAAGCGAUGCGGCGAGCUGCUGAGUUGUGGACACCAGUGUCCCUCUGUCUGCGGCGAGGCUUGUCCCGAGCAGAUUUUCUGCCAGCAAUGCGCCUCGGAUGAGGUCAAAAACCAAGUUGUCGAUCUUAUCACUUUUGAUAAAUACAGUAUGAUAGACCUUGACGAGAACCCUUGCAUCUUUCCCGACUGUGGCCAUUUCCUCACCUACACCACAAUUGACGGUCAGAUGGAACUCGGCAUCUUCUAUCAAAUCUCGGAAGAGGGACUGCCAGUUGCCAUAACCAGCGUUCCGCACCCGUUUGGUCUGGACGGCUCGAUCAAGGCAUGCCCCACCUGCCGCGGGUCUCUACGGAAAAUUUCACGCUAUGGUAGAAUCGUGCGCCGUGGUCUGUUGGACGAGUCAACCAAGAAGUUUAUCGCCUGGGCCAAUGGCGUUUCGAAAACACUCUCUGAAAGGUUCCUCAGAGCUCGCGAUGAACUGGAUGAGAGAACGAAAAAAGACUUCGUCUUCACCACUGCUGCCUCGGAACAAUACAACCUGGAGGGCUCACGCCAGGAGCAGAUGUCUCAUCUCUUGAGGUUGACCGGGUUGACUCGACACAAACGCCUCAAAUCCUUGAGAAGCCAGAUUCUUAAAUACCUGGACCAAGUCGGGAGGGAUGAGCAGCCGUACCAACGCGUGUCCAACCUUGUCUCCUUCAUCAAUAGACAGCGACGUGGAGGCGUGGGGGAUUUUGCCUUUGAUCAGGCUGCGAUCCAGAUGGGCAGCCUCAUCGAAGCCUCAGCCCUUGGGCUCCAGUGCGAUAUCCUGCUCAUCUCCGACUACAUCGACCUCUGCCGGAGAUCCGCGGACGGAUCAAGAGGUGGCUGAAGUGAGCGUAUUUACGGGCAUAUAAGGUCGUGGUUGCACGAAGAGCUGGGCUGCCUAUUAUGCAGUGCUGUGGAUAGCAAUCCAGUGAUCUCGAGAUCAGGCGAACAGUAAAACAAAACAAUAACAAUGGGCAUAGGAAAGCUGCACGAUGCUCAGCUGGUUACAUUAAGGGUUGACCAAGGCCUAUGGUCUAACACUGACGCGAAGCCGCAACUUGGUGCGCUCUCGAAAUAUUUUUCUCUUCACGGCCCUUCCCACCCACAAUCUUGCCAGCUCUGGUGGAUUUUGUCGAGCUGUCAUACGGAAAUAACUAGGGAGUCUUGCGGGCAGUCUGACCCAUUUGGCACAGCAUUUUACAGAGUUCCACCGGUCUCUAGCGGUCCAUCACUCGGCAAUUCUUACUUCGAUGAACUUCCCAAUUCACCUUAUGACUUUGUUCCAAUAUCAUUCCACCACUCUCUUCCACCAUGCUUUCAUCGUGAAGAGGUUUUGGAUUUUUGCAGCUGAUCCCGAAAUACAAAGAACACUGGGUGCUUGUUAUUGGCGGAACGGCUGAAACUCGGGAGCAAGCCAAAAGUUUAGGCUUCAACAAACUGCGAAUAUAGUAUCUCCUUGUCGUCAUUGCUGGAGAAUUCGUCGUCCGACAAUCCGUCAUCUACCCAUCGACUACCGGAUGGUGCGUUGGUAGGCUCAAGAUUUUGCUGGGAGGAAAUUGUCCCAGUUAUCAAGCGCCGACUCGAAGGUAUUCGGUUCCGCAAUGGCUGCUGCUUUCUAUUGUUUGACUGCAACAAGUUACUGGUGCUUAUCAAUGUGUGAAUUGCUUUUUGACGCUUCCCAUCUCCCCCGCUGGUGCCAAUGACCACAUCUGGCUUACGCUUCAGGGGCACCUUAUAGUUCGACACAACUCUGUCACUCUGGUGCUGGAGAUGGCCAUCCGAGCAAGGAUACACGCUCUGGCUCCGUGAAACGAUGCGCCCCAUAGAACGUUGCGGCGUCGGCGAGGCGUUCUCUGCAGCGUUUGCUAAUAAAUUAAGUCCACUUAGAGGAUUUGCGGCAUCAUUUUUCCGAGUCGCAGAAACAUUCAAGGCGUAGUGUCGGAGUGUCGCAGUGGCUCUUGCCCUAGUAUCCAGUUCACCAGGGCUCAAACUUGUCGCCGGGCUAUGUGAGACAAAUCGGGGGAGGAAUUUGGGACUGUAGGUGUAGAUGGCUGGUAUUGGCCGACUGAACUAAAAGGUUCAAGUAUAGUUCCC